GGGAGAGCGUACCUAUCAACUGUUUCAUUUAUCAGUUCCUUGCUUGCCUCUCAAACUCAAUAGUAGUGUGCAGUGCACAGUGCUAAGAGUUAAGAAGGGCAAGUGAACUACACCACUCACAAUUCGCUAUGUAGGAACAGAAGAAGAAUUACGUUUUGUAUCGAAGUAAUGCCAGCAGAAUGAACGAAGAAUAUAAUGGAAAACACAGUUAUAACUUGCAUCUAGAUAAACAAAUACAGAUAAAACUCCUGGAAGCUGAUGAAGACAUAGUGACUAAAGAAAGUAAUUUAAUCUUAUUAAAUUUAAAUUCGAAAAAUAAUUUUGCCAUCAGUUCAAAUGAUACCACAGCGCCUAACUGGAUACCUGGACAGUGGUGUAGCAACUCUAAAAACUACAACGCAAAUAGUUCUAAUUCAAAUACUUAUUGUAGCUAUUUUAAUCAACAGCCAGGCAGAAAUGUGAAUUCACAAGAUUUAUGUGGUUGGCUUGUUCAUCCUAAAGUAGGUUUACUAAAAAAAAAGACUGAGAAUGAUGCUACUUCAAAAUCUAAAGUCAACUCAGCAUUAAAUAAUAGGGAUGUAUUGUUAUCACGAACAACAAAAAAGGGACCACCCGAGUUUGUUUUUAAACAUUACUCUGACUCCAAGCGUUAUAUUGAGCAGUAUAGAGAAGAGCAUACUUAUUGUGCUACUCCUAAAUCUGUUGUCAAGACAACUGUAUCUCCAAAGUCAUUCUAUCCUUGUGAAUAUGAACAAAUGGUAUCACAAGACAAUGCUCAAAGUGUUUCCAUAUUGCCAUUUGUUCAAAAUGAGAAAACUAUCACAAAUACAGAACAACUUAAUUUGCCACUACCUUCUUCAUUUCUCUCCAUCAACAAAAGAGAAAAACAAAAUAUUUGUGCCAGUUUUCCCAACAAAUUUCAACAGCUUUAUAAGUUUUCUAAGCCAUUUACAAAGACUUUGGACAAUUUUAAUGGAUAUAGAGCUGAUGAAACUGAAACAAAUUAUUCAAAAAAUAAUUGUUUUGAUGGCUAUCUUGCAAGACAGGAACGAUCCAUGUCAACUCCCACUAUCACUGGGGUCUCACUUCAAAAAGCUGUGGCAAGCAAGGUGGUUCGUCCCAGCUCUUCAAGUAGAAUAAGUAUUUCCAAUAUUAAACAGACUUCACCUGAAAACGGGUCAAUAUAUGAUGGUGUAUUGACCAACCAAUUCAUGAGUCGUAAAAUUGGGAGCCCUUCCAACAGUCAGCCCAGAGCUGUGGACAAUGUGGCAGCUGCCAGUGUCGGUGAAAGACAGAUGUCUUUCUCAAGUAGAACUUGCCAUGUUCUGGUGCUAGUGAACACAUGAAAACUUUUAAAAGAUGUACGCAAACAUUCUUGAUGUUGCCAGAUUUUUAAGACAAAGGGAGCUGAAAAAUCAAAUUAUUAAAAACUGACUGUUUCUUCUCAGAAUUGUUUUUAUAAACAUUUCAUUUAAAUUGAAAUAAAUAA